CUAGCGGCAACAUCAUCUGUGAAAAUUUCAACUAACUAUUACAGCUCAUUAAAUAUAAUCUUAUGACAGAUGACCGAAUAGCGGAGUCUUAGUAAAAUGGUCCCUUUGUUUACGGCGCCCUAAAAUGGAGCCAAGAAAGGGAGGUCCGAAUUUAAACGCGUUGAAAGAACAACUAAUUCAUAGGUUAAUAAAACAUACUUCGACAGGACCUCUUACGACUGUCGCACCGUCUUGUAAGCAAAAAACGGUUGUCCUCACUAAUUAUCUCUCCCGGUUCUUUGCAUGUAUAUGCUUAAAUAAUUAGCUUUUAAUCAUUUUAGUCUUUUAAUAAAGGAUAAUUUUAUUUUCACUUCUGCUCUUUCACCCUUGGAACAAUACAUGUGGUUUAUUUUUUCUUCUCAGUCCCAGUUAAUCCGCCAUCUGACUCUUCGGUUUUCAAACAAUAAGGAUUCAUCGACUAACAUUAAUCUGAAUUACAGAAGGCAAGCUAUUUCCAGCUACGCUUAGAACACUAACUAUAGUAUAAAUUGCUUCGUAAUAUUUUAUACGAUAACUUUUUCAAUAGUUAACCGGUUCUCUUUUAUUUCAAGGCAUAUAUUUCCAAAUAAAAAAAGUAUAGUAUUCGAUUGAUAGUUUUUUUUUUUAUAAAUCUAAAAACUAAGUAAGUUCACGCCUCUUUCACACCAUUCAUAAGUUCACACCGUUCAACAAAAAAAUCCCGUUUGUUUUAUGUGAGCCCCCUUAAAUGUUUCAACUGUCUAACUAUUAUGGUUCAUAAGAUACAGCCUGGUGACAGAUGGACCGACGGACAACGGAGUCUUGAUUAUAAAUCACCAGCGGUACCGGUUUCCCUUUUUAGUAUUUUAAAUAUUUUUCAUUAAAAAAAUACUGAUCCAUCAUGUAUAUUCCAUGAAUAAUAGAAAAAAAAUACAAAAAGCCACAAAUAAGUUGGCAUUAGAUAUUCCUUCACAUCAUUGACGAACUUUAUCAACUUAAAACAGUGAAACCUGUAUGCUAUUGUAAAUAUUACUUUGUAUAAAUUACUCCGGUUUUCUUUUUCUAUUAUAUUAAAAGUCUUAUAGAAAUAUUGAAAACGAAUUGCUAGGCUCACUGCAACACCGAUCGACAAUAAAAUUUAACGAUUUCUACAGCAAAGUUAUUAUAAAUUGAGGUAUAUAAAAGUUCGUCACAGAUUGUUCACUAUAAAAUUCGAACAUGAAUCAAUUGGUUUUUGUGGUAUGCUGUUUAGCAAUGUUUCUUCUAUAUUCCAAUGGCAGAAAAUACGAUGUAGAUGAAGAAUGCAAAAAAAUAUAUGGAGAAAAUCUAGGUAAUGUCUUGAAACGAUUCAGACGGACACCGGACUACAUGAAAAUAUUGAACAUCAAGAGACAAGAAAUACUGGAAAACUUUCAGGACAUUACUACGCAGGUGCUGAUAUACGAAACAAACCAGAUGAAACAAAAAAUUUACAAAAUGUACAAUCUAUCAGCGCCAAUUGGACGUUCGUUUUCUCCGGAAACGGGCCAUUUUGGAGAUCAUCAUUUAAGAAGUUUUAGCAGAUAUCGCCAUAAGAAUCAACAUAAACGUGAAGGUGAAGAUGAAGAAACGACACCAAGUGUUGAUGGAAAUGAUAAUAAUGAGAAGCUUGAUGCAGAAGAACAUAACUCUGAAGAUAAAAUAAAUCCAAUAGAACUUCUAGAAGAUGUAGUGAGCGAAAAAAUUUUGUCUGUUGCUGAAACAAACAAGUUUAGGGAUAUUGGAUUUGAGACUGCCGGCAAAGUGUUACAUGGUUUAAUAAAAAGCUACGACGGUGAUAAUUUACAAAAGUCUACCAGAUUUCCAGUAGAGGGUAAAUAUACUGAGAAAUAUUCUACAAUUACUGAACAUGUACACGAGGUGAGCAGUACAGCACAGGCGGAGACCACACAAGGAGAUGGAGUUAAUGCCGUAGAAGGUGACGAAACAUUUUUCUACAGACACAAGGCUUAUAAAAAACCGAAAAAAGUAAAAUAAAAAUAUAUGAGCUAAGUUUUUUACUGUAAAAACUUGACCAAAAAUAUAGGCAGUGUUAAUUGAGAUAAAAAAGAAAACGUUUAUAACAUG